CUUUUACGUGCUUCCCUCGUCUGGUAGUCGGUCACGUACGAAAAUGUUUGGAUAGCCGGGCAAAUUUGGCAAAUCGGAAAAUGAGCGGCCAGAAGCACCUGCGAUUGCGCUACUACACCUCCUUGGAGGAGGCCCUGCUGGUGCGGCUGUGGCGCGAGCACCUGCACAACAUUCCCUCCUACACAGAGAACCUGCCCAUAUUCCGGGAGAUUGCGCACGGUCUGCAGCAGCACGGCGUUCGGCUGAACAAACAGGAGGUUCGCCGGCGCAUCAACAGCUACCGCAAUAAGUAUUUGAACGAACGCAAACGCGUGGAGAGCAAUGCGGAACACCAGUCUGACUGGCGCCUGUACGCCCUCAUUGACUCCCUAUUCCAUCCCGACAGACCUGCGGCGGACCUCUGCCACGCCCACCAUGUACUAGAGCAGGCCGAGGCGCGUGCUCGGGCGGAUCUGCCUGCCCUGCCACCGCUGCGCCACACUUCGUCCGCCCCGGCGAAGUUCGAGCGCGACCCGGACGGAAGCGCCUUCCUGGAUGCCCAGCCGCUGGUGCUGCCAGUGGUCAAGGCGGAGCCAGCACAAGCUGCCUAUCACCAGGUCAAGAGCGAGCCCAAGCCCACGGAGGCGGAGCUGGGCCACGCGUAUGCCGACAGUGCCAUUAUCAGGCGGACUCCACUGACGCCCGCCAACCAUCUGCUGCCGGAGGCGGCAGAGGAUCUGGCGAACGCGGGGCACGUCAAUGGGCAACCGGAGGCCGAGCGCUCGGCGGCCAAGAGAAGACGUGGACGCCGCAGCAUCCUGCCCCGCACGGGACAGAUCACCAUGGCCAUUGUGGAGGGGCUGCGGCAGGAGAACAAGAUGCUCGAGGAGCAGAACGACGCCUGCCUGCUCGCACUGGAGCAGAAGGAGAAACAGUUCCUGGCCAUGGAGCAGAACUUCCUGAUCUAUCUGGAGCGGCAGGAAGCCUUGCUGGCGCACAUGCAGCAGCGAGGCAUUAAGCAGGAACCGGAUCGGGACUUCUAGGCCAUCGGGACUGAAAGUGUGGGGCAGAUUAGCUUUAAGUAGGAAACAAGGGUCACACAGGGAACGUCGCCUCGCCCAUUUCAUUUCGUUCCUUCCUCAGACACGAACGUCUAGAUUACUCGAUGUACAAAGCAGCAUAGCAAACCGAAGAUAUUAUUAUUUUUCAGUUCUCAUUAACACUAACGUCCAUAUGAAUUGGCUAAGCAAAAGGAUAUAUAAAUGUAUGAAAAAGUAAAUUUUUGUAAAAGACAUUUCGUUAAGAAAUUAGAAAUUAAAAACUAAAACGAAUAUUUCGAAUUUGGGAGUAACUCCAGGAUAUGUAUAUAUUUUGUUAAGGAAGGCCUUGUUGUUUUAAUUAUUAACUAUUAUAGCUGCUUGAUAUUUUUCUUACGCAUAAAAGGAACUAUUGUCCAUGUAAAACAGAGUGUUACGGAGGCGACUCUAUCCAGACCAGAUGUUUAAUUACGACGAUCCAAACAGAACAAGAGUUGCAAUUGAUUUAAGAGGUGAUUGAUUUUCGACAAAAUCGAAAAUUUUUUAUUACUUUAUCUUAAAGAAGAACUCCUUGAGAAUAUGUUCUCAAAUUUUCAUAGGGAUUCGAGCAGUAGUAGUAAAAAAGUUACAGCACUUCUAACCGCGCGCCUCGUCGCGGCCCCAAAACCCAAAACUUGAAACUUUAAACGCGAAUAUCUCGAAAUGGUGUUCUUUGAAAAAUGACUUUGCGGUGACGUGGAUUGGCGGAAAACUACUGAACCGAUUUUCUUCAAAUUUUCUUUAAAAUGUUCGUAAUAAAAUUUUUCUGAGAUUGAACGAUCGACUUUUCACGCACAAACUUUGAAUUAGUGAAUUUUCUAGUGACCAAAAACUUUAUUUUUUGCAUAAAACGUUCCCGUGUGUACAAAAAAAAAUUAAUAAAAACGAUCGUUGAAGCACAAGGAAUUAUACUUACAUUUAUGGUUUCAGUUGACUUGUUCGACCUUGGGAACCGUCACCGCAAGGCUCUGCCAAAAAAAGGCCUCUAAGGGAAACAGCCACCCCUUAAAAACUAUUUGAUAUUUUUCCACGAAAUUUCGCACAAACAUUGUUAAUAAAGUGUACUAUUAAAAAAUAAAAACAUUCGUGUAAUGAAA